CUUUUACUAAUUAAACACAUAAGCUUAAAAGGAAAAGUGACCUCAAAGAAAAGAAAGAUACAUAACAAAAAACAAGAAUGGAUUUAGCACAUGUACUACACAUGAAUGGAGAUGUUGAAGAAGCAAGCUAUGCAAACAACUCCUUAAUUCAGCAAAAGGCGAUUUCUUUGGGAACAUCUUCGAGAAUCAAAGCCAUAACAAAUCUAUAUUGUGCCGUCUAUCCUAGGAGCUUCGCAAUUGCAGAGUUAGGUUGCUCUUCUGGACCAAACACUUUGUCGGUGAUUUCAGAAGUUAUCAAAGUUGUGGAAAAGCUUUGUCAAGAGUUGAAUCAUAAAUCUCCUGAAUAUAAAAUCUUUUUGAACGAUCUACCGGGGAAUGACUUCAACAGCGUAUUUAAGUCCCUUGACAACUUUAAAAACAAACUACGUGAUGAAAUAGAAACAGAAAUGGGUCCUUGUUAUUUCUUUGGUGUUCCCGGGUCAUUUUAUGACAGGAUUUUUCCUAAUCAAAGUUUACAUUUUGUCCAUUCCUCUUAUAGCCUACAUUGGCUAUCUAAGGUUCCCAAUGGUGUGGACAACAAUAAGAGUAACAUUUAUGUGACGAACACAAGCCCAUCAAAUGUCCUCAAGGCUUACUACGAGCAAUUUCAUAUUGAUUUUUCUCUUUUUCUAAAGUAUCGUGCCCAAGAAUUAGUUGAAGGGGGUUGCAUGAUUCUAACAUUUUUAGGAAGAGAAAGUGAUGAUCCAUUAGCAUUUGGCAAGGGUUCUAGUUACGGUUGGGAACUUUUGGCUAUGGCUCUUAAUGAUAUGGUUGUUGAGGGAAUCAUAGAAGAAGAAAAACUCAAUACUUUCAACAUCCCUAACUAUUAUCCAUCGCCAUCUGAAGUGAAAUUAGAAGUUCAAACUGAAGGAUCAUUUUCCAUAAAUCAAAUGGAGGUUUCUGAAAUAAUGGGGGCAGAUGGAGUUUAUAAUACCAAUGCUUUUGACUCUAAAUCUGAAAUGUAUGAAUCAGUUGCAAAAGGCACAAGAGCUAUUAUUGAACCAUUGAUGAUUGUUCAUUUUGGUGAAGGUGUCAUUGAUGAGGCAUUUGACCGGUUUAAAAUAAUUUUAGAAAGUGGAAUAUCCAAAGAGAGAACUAAGAUCACCAAUCUUACCAUAACAUUGAUUAGAAAACCAUGACCAAUACCAUAUUGUGUACUAUGUUUUAUAUUUUCUAAAUGAAUUUUAAAGUCGUGUUGAUGGUAGACACCAACAAUGCUUGGAUAUUGAUUCCUAAAAGUGUCACUCGAUGUCAUAGUAGUACACAACAUUUGGAAAUCGCAGAACGAUUAUAUUAUUUUCUAAUGAGUUUAUGUGUGUUAUACAUGUAUGGUUACAAUACAAAUUUUGUCUUGUAACUUGUAAGUAUGAUAUGCAUUCGGGGACCACUUGUAAGUCCGAUAUAGUUAUGUUAUGUUUGUUUAGACUUUACCUUAGUUGCUUUUUGGAAUUUGAAUUUCGAUUAUAUU